AUGCCCGAGCCGUUUACACCUCCUAUCAAAUUUGCCCGGGUGAAUCCAACACUUGCCCGUGGAGCGUAUCCACGGCCCAUCAAUUACAGAUACCUGGAAACUCUCAAGCUGAGUACUAUGAUUGCGCUGACGCCAAACGAAAUCACGAUGGAAAACGAUCCAUCCUUAUAUUCUUUCUGCUCCAAAAAUAAGAUACUUCUAGUCCACUUCGAAACCGACCAUUCGGCCAAAGAUAAGGGGAAAAAGAGAGGAAUACCAAUUGAGUCCGACCAAGUGCUGAAAAUACUCGAAUUAAUUUUAACCAAGGAACGCUCGCCAAUAUACAUGUUUUGCAACAAUGGAGGACAGAUCACGUCGCUCGUGGUGGCAUGUUUACGCAAAAUACAGCUAUGGAACCUGGUCUCUAUCUAUGAUGAGUUCGUCAGAUACAGUACAACUAUUAACCAGAACGACAGGGCAUUUAUCGAGAGCUUCAAAGCUCGUAUAAAACUGCCCUCCGCCGACAAACUCCUCACAUCAUUCAGAACCAUCCAAGCAUGA